AUGGCAAUCAUAUCAAACAGAUCAGCUUACAUCUCCCUAUAUAUGUUGGGAUUGUCUGCGCUGCUGGACUAUAUGAAAUAUGCGACUAUAACCCUGUUCUUGCCUAGGACAAGUAUCAAUCCACUAUGUCGUCUCUUUUUCGGCUCCAUAUCCGCAUAUCCCACUGCUACUUUCGAUCUUAGAGGCUGGGGCAAGUCAACAGCUCCUCGGGAGGAAAACCGAUCCGCCUACUCAAUCUCCGCCAUGGCGUCGGAUAUAGCUUCGAUACUGCGGCAGCUCAAUGCUUCAGCUCAUACGACCGGCAGUCCUCCGACCCCGCAACGUCGAAAUACAUGGAUGUUUCCUGCAAAUACGCCCAUUGGUGCAUUAAAAGGUCGAUUGUUUCUAAAGUAG